AUGUCACAAGGGGCACCCAUGACUCACAAAUUCAUAGUAGGCACGAUAGCCAUCCUUCUAGGUGGCUACGUCACCUACAAAGCCGGAUCAGAUUUCCAAUUUGUAAAAUUUGAACCACAUUCACCUGAAGAAGUAGCUCGACGUAAACGGGAGAAGAUACCUACACGAAUGGAAGUGUUGGAGAGUGCUACUUUGGAUUUGACUCCAGAGGCUAAGGAAAGGAUUGGUAAAAAGAUGUUGUUGAAACAAUCCCAAGAACAGCACGUGGAGAAGGAGAGGAUGAAGCGUCAAUUGGAACAAGAGUCAAGUUCGCCAAAAUAG